CGUGGCAAGAGGUAAGCGUUGUGACACAGAUACGUACGUACGGAAACCAUUCAUUUGUCAUGUUUGUCCCCUUCAGCAGCCAAUCAAUGCGAUGUUGGAGUCGUUGCCCCAGAGCGCAUCCAUAGCUUUAGACGCCUCAUACUUGGGGCUUGCAUCUGUGCUCCCUGAUGCCCCGCUGGUCUCCCCGAGCCUCACCAACAACCUCCAACAAACCAUACUGGCACACCAACUCGGGUAGGUACUUACUGGACGCAGCGCACGUCAGCAUACCAGACUGGCCCACACGUGUGGCCGACUGACUGACCGCACAGCACCACAUUCAUUCAUUCAUCGUUGUUUGUUUGUUGCUUCAUGCCAUCCAUCCAUGGUGUUUGUUGUGGGAUAUAUGUGUUGUUGGUUGUGUUGUGUGGUGUGUCAGGCUGGCGUUGAGUGUGUUGGCGGCGAGCAUGGGCUCUCUGGGUGUGUUGGUGGAGUGGAAUGCGGGUGUGUUCAUCGUCAUAGGCCUGGUGGAGGUGCUGCUCUCCUCCUGGCAGCUGCACUUCGCAUCACUGCUCUCCAAACCCGUCGUCCUCGCAGCUGCACUCAGACUCGCUAUCGGUGCGCCUGCCGCAGACAGCGUCCGUCCGCCUGUCUGUCUGUCCACUUGGCUGCAUUGCGAUGCAUGUGUGCCCUCCUUGAUUUGAUUGGUCAGGUGUGUACAAUGUGGUGGUGCCUGCGAGUGUGGUGUUGGAGCCCGUCCUCCGAGUGCUGUCCUAUCUCCCCAUGCGGUUGCGGCGCACCUUCAUCUCCCCCCCCAACCUCACACGCAUCGCCUAUCGCUAUCUCGCCAACACUGUCGCCAAAGUAUUCACACUCGAGUGGUGGCUCUCCGAGCGCUCAGAUGUGGUCGUCAAGCCCACGUCUGCUCCGCUCCUGUCAGUGAGGCGCCUGCUCCCGAGGCUGCCACGAACGGGUUUCACUGUCCGCACCACCAGCAACAGCAGGUCUAACAGAAGCACCAGCACUACCAUGAGCAGCAAGGGCGACCGGAGGGCUUACAGGAGGCCGCGAGUGCGGGUGGGACGGCGAGGGCUCUUUGGGCGGCACCGUGUGCUCUCUGCGGUCAAGCGGCGACUUUCUGUGCUGGAGCCUGGCUCACUGAUCUGACUGACACCUCACUCACAGGGAUGAUUAAUCAAUCGACUGAGAGAGACCCUUGUUGCGUUCUUGGAUCAUUCCGCCAUCAUCCAUUCGAUCUUUCCUUCACCUGCGUGUCUGUCUGUCUGUCUGUCUCUCUGUCCGUCUGUCUGUCUGUUG